AGUUGGUGUUUAAAACUAGUCCGCACAACACGUUGGCGUAUAGUAAUGAAACAAAAUAAAAUUUAAAGAAAAAAUUUUAUAGAAUUUAUUUAUUUUUUAUAUUUUUAUAAAAAAACUGCUGACACACAACAAAACGGUAUCGAAGUAUGUGUACAAAUAAUACUAUAUUAUUAACAACAACAGCCACAAUUAAAUUCAACGACCAGAAAGAAAAACAACCAAAAAGUCUGAAAAAUAUGUAAUACAAAACGUGAAAAUAUAAUACUUCGUUCUUUGAAAAAAAGUUAAUUUUUUUUUUAUAAAAAAUUUAAAAGAAUAAGUGAAACAUAAUAAAAAUAAAGAAUAUUUCAAAGUAUUAUUCAAAUACACAUGCACAUCAAUUGAUUUGAUACAGAACGAAUAAAUUGAAAUAAAUUGUUUAAAAUUAAAGAUAUUGCACAUGUGUAUAUAAUAAAAUUGAAUAUAAGUUAUUGAUUAUUGAAAAAAUAAAUAAAAAGUGCAACACAAAAAAACGAAAGAUAAUUUCCGGGCUGAUUUGUUAACAUAUAUAUAUAUAUUUUUUUUUGAUUUCGAAAAAAAUUUUUAAAUAGACAAAAACCAUUACGAUUUAUUUUACAUAGAACUGAAAAUACACACAAUUAAAUUUACGUACGAGAGAGUACCAACCAUCCGACAUACAAACAAACAUACACUAAUUCUGCACGUAAUCGGUUGAUUGUACAAGUGAAUGUGUUUGUAUUCUUUUUCACUUGUGUGAAGGAAUUCUGAAAUUCAACUACAGAAACAACGACGACCACAAUCCGAGCAGAAAAAGAAUCAUCAUCAUCACAUUGGACACAAACAAUUUUGCUCUUUAUUUUGUUGUGCUCUACUGGUAGCCAACACGAGUCGGUGUAUGCUGAAUUUAAAAUUUUUGCCUGUGCUUAUUAGAGAGAGCGCCCGAGUGUACUUGUUCGCAUUUUAUCGGCUUGCGCUACGUGCCGUAACACAAUAAUCUCCACUCCCCCGUUUGGUUCAAGUGCUACGCUCUUGAGGUUGUCAUUUUAUGAGUUAAAAAAUAAAACCAAAACAGCAAUCUCAACAUUUGAUUUGGAUUUUAAUUUUUUGUUGGUUCUACACUGCACAUUUUCUUAAAUACUUACAGCAAAAACAGUAUUUAAAACAAGACUUCAUGUAACAAUAAAAAUAACAUCAAAGAGAAAGAUUACAAAUCGAUUGAUACUCUUCCCCCAUUAAAAAAAAAAAAACACAAUAAACACAUCCAUCUUUACUGUAAAUAACAGUUUAGGGGAAAACAAUAAUAAUACAUCAAUACAAUUGCAUUGGAAAACUUGACAACUUCUCAACCAAAUUUUUAAUUCAAAAUUUUGUACUUAUUGUAUACCGGUCGUCCGAUAGAACUAUUACACCGAAAAACAAUUUAAUGAUUUAUAAAAUAAAACCGGCGAAAUUCGUCAUUAUACACUUGCAGAGGUGAAAUAUUAAAUAACAACACCAAAAACAACUACUGACAGCAGCAGCAGAAUGAUUAGUUUUUAAUAAUUCAAAACAUGUAAUAUUUGUUUGCUGCCUGAAUCAAUGUUGUUGUACUUAAGAAUUUGUAAAUUUAUAAAUACCUAACAAUUGCCGUAUUUACUAGUUCUCUAAGAAAUUGCGAAUAAACACAAAAUAAAAUAAAAAGACCAGCAACCAACAACAAACUUCAAUUCAAAAUUAAAUGUGUGAAAAAAUCUGAGUUAAAGAAAUAAAAAAAACAAAUUUAAAACGUGCUUAGACUUAAAUAUAAUAUAAAACAACAAGAAAAUUGUAACUCAUAUUGUUCAUUGAUUGUUGUUUUUUAUGUUUUGCCGUAUUUGUUUUAUGCAGUGAAUAGUGAAAAAUUAAUUAUUAUUGCUCCUUUUUUAUGUUCUGUGUUUUUUGUACUUGUGCUCGUGUGUGUUUUUGUUAUUGCUUUUGAGUUUAUGUCAUAAAUAUACAUAUGUACAUAUAUACAUACAUAGAUUCAUACAUACUACAUAAAUAACAGUGUAUGUAUGUGUUUGGGGUAUUUUAUGAUUUGUUUUUUCGCAUAAACCUCUCUAAACAAAAUCUAUUCUAUUCAAAACAAGCAAUAAUCUAAUGAUCUAUUUUUAAAUACAUAUUAAUAUUUAAAUAGAUACAAAGAUACAACAAAACAAAAUAAAACAAACUAAACUAAACAAACAAGCGAGCGAAUCAAAAAUAAUAAAUAAAGAAAAAUUUAAUAAAAAAAGAAGAAAAAACAACAACAACUAGAUAAAUGAAAAAAAUUUUUCAAAUGUAGUUGAAAAUAAUUUAAAUAAAUUUUUACUUGCAACGUAAACAUAUCAAUUAUACUACAAUAAUUCUUACAUAGAAGUAAAUAAAUAAAUAAAUAAAUAAAUAUAAUUCAAAACAUAAUCAAAAGUUCUUUAAGAACAACAUAAAUAAUUCAAAUAUUUUAUUUAAAAUAAAAUCGAAUUAAAAAUCAAAAUUAUUAUCAAAAGUAAACAUAUCAAAUUAUUUGAAUAAUAAGAAAAAAUAAAAUAAAUAAAAUUAAAUUAAACCAAUUAAAUUGGAUAAGGCGAUUAAUAAAAAAGCUGCAUAAAAAAUAAAUAAAAUCAUAUCAAUGAGCAUUUUGGAAAUAAUUGUGUAAACCGUCAAAAGUGUAAUAUUUUUAUUGUAACUCAAAAAUAUCCCAACGAUAUUGCCUUUUUGUGAUAGUUUGUAUAUCUAUGUAUCUGUGAAUAAAAAUAAGUGAAACAUAAAUACGCGUUAAAAAAAAUAAAAGUAAGCUCUCAAAAUUAGGGGUCGGUAACAAGGUGGCCUUCUACGAAAAAAUAACUUAAAGCGAAUAAUGCAAAUAGGAUAAGAUCGAUGUUACCACUACAUUUAAUGUCUCUCCAUGAAAUUUCAAAGCGAGAAGAAAGAACUAUGGCGUUAUGCGUCAAAAAACCUAACAGCUCCUGUCCGUGGGAUGACCAGACAGCAACCACUGCCGCAUCGCCUUCCACAUCAACGCCUCCCUCAGUCCCGAGAGUUUGCCACAAGAAUGCUACAACCUCCCCAGUCAACGUUAUUGGGCUGUUGCGACGGCUAUGGCGAGAGCUCAACGUCAUCGAUGAGCAUGUUGAGGCAAGAAAAUGUCAGUACCCCUCCACCUCCCUACAGUUCUGUGCCUCAACUGGAUUGUUCCACGAAUGCAAUGGAGCAGGACUAUCGCUUGACAUUUCGUCAACAUCAGACAUAUGCCACAGACGGAGAAACAGAAACAUCAGUCUCAGCGACAGAUUCCGAUACGGGUUACAAUCGAAAGCAAGCACCCAGCAGAGAUGGUUGCAACUACGUAAACACUGGCGACAUAAUGCACGCCGACGAUUACGAAAAAUUGACCGAGACCAGCACGUCCAGCAGCUACCAGUUAACAGCGGAGCUGCAGAAGAAAGCUCGACGCACGUCUCCUCAACCAACAGUCCCAACAAAUCCCCCAACAAUUGCAACGACAGCAUCUUCCACGACAUCCAUCGCCGCUACCGCUGCCAAGAUUCUAAGGAAUUGCUGUGGCGGCACUUUCGGUUCUUCGAAUUCUGUUACAACCAACCCUUCCAAUACGAAUACCAGCCACAACAACAACAAUACCUGCAACAAAGUAAACUACGAAUACUCAAGAAGUGGUUCAGAUCAAGUGGCCAACAAUGGCAGCAUCAUCAACUAUACACCCGAACAACAUUUCAGCACCCUUAUGAAACAACUCAAGAGCAGUCAAAUAACGUCACUGCUAAAAGCAGUGAAAUCCCGACACGAUCAAGUAAUCCCCAUCACUCCAGCAACCAGCACCACCUCUUCCACCUCGUCUCAGCGCUGUUGUGUUGCCAACUACCAAACAAAUUGUAUACUAAUACGACGUGCCGAAAUUCUCGGCGAAGAACCAUAUGUGAUAGCAUGUCGCCUAUUUUUUUGGCGAGAUCUGAAAAACGCCUCCCAACUAAAACGUCUGCCCGUGUGUCCAAACGAACGCGAUCCAGUGUAUGUAUGUUGCAAUCCAUUACACUGGUGUCGCAUCCUCGAAACAGAAACUGCUCCACCUCCAUAUCAAAGGCAAAAUAUGAAUCAAAUCGAAGGCGAAAAUUCACAAAAUUUAAUAAACUCAUCCUCGUUCGGAGGCACAGACCCAGAAAACAUUCGACAAAACUAUUCCGAUCUACGUGUACGAGUUUCCGAAUCAGUAACCACUGACGGCGAAGAUCGCCGAUGUUCUCCAAAUUGGUGUGAAGUUGCAUAUUGGGAAAUGGCACAGCGGGUGGGUGAACGAUUUCCAGCUGAUACACCGACUAUAAACAUAUUUUCCGAUAAACCAUAUACAUCAACUGGUGACCAUAAAGAUGGCAUGUGUCUUAAGGAAUUAAUUGAAAAACGUACAACACCUUCGCCCGACGAUGUGCAAUACACAAGACAAAAAAUUGGCCUAGGUGUAACACUUAGCCAAGAAUCUGAUGGUGUGUGGCUGUAUAAUCGUUCGACUGUACCUAUAUUUGUGUACUCUCCUACCUUGACCGAAAGUUGGUACAGAGUUUGUCGAGUUGAACCAGGAGACUGUCUGAGAGCCUUUGACAAGUACAGGGCUCAAAACUUGGAACAUCCUGGCCAAUUACCAGGCGUACAAACCGGACCAAUCGACAAAUUCAGUAUGCGCAUCAGUUUUGGCAAAGGUUGGGGCUGUUAUUACAAACGUCCCGACAUCACACUCUGCCCCUGCUGGUUGGAGGUGCUUUUCAAACCUCAACGGUGACAGGCAUUGCAGCUGACAAACGGUGAAAAAUCUGUAUUAUUGGAAUCAACGGCAAGAACGGAUAGUAAAAACCGUCAAGCAGUGAUCUCCAAUAGUAAAUCGGCAGUAAUGAUAGAAAUAAUCAAAAAAGCAAAAUUGCAAUCGCGACAACGAGUGAAAAGAGAUGACGAUAAUGGUCUCUGUCACAGUACCACAACCAUCGAAACUAAAGCUCGUAAAAAGAAAUGGUCGUCUACAAUUUUUAUUGGUCAUAAGUAUCCAAUACAUCAGUGUAAGCUUCUAAAGCUUAAACUACAAACCACCCUAGUCAAAUUGAUCAAAUGUCUUCUGCUGGAAAAUGGGUCGAUUUCGAGAAAUAACAAAAUGGCCAUGUGAUUUCAAGAAUUCACAAAAAGGGAGAAAAAAGAACAUGAAUAACAACAUUUAAAAAAAAAUCAACUCAAGGACUGCAAUUAUAAUUUAUAUGAAGUGUUUUCUUUUUGUGUUUCAACUUUACAUCAACGAUAAACAAACAGAUAUACGAGUACGAAUAGGCUAUACAAACAAUAAUAAAUAAUUAAUUGAUUACUAAAUAAAUUAAUUAUUUAGUUUUAGACUUUUCUGCAAGAAAACGGUUAAACUGUUUAAAAUGGAAAUCCUGUGAUCCAAGUAACAAAAUAAAUUUAAAGAGGAAAAAAAUUAAAAAAUUAAAUUAAUUUAUAUAUUAAGUACAAUUCUACUAAUUUUUCUGCUAAAAUCAAUUGGUUCUAUUUAAUAUUUGCACUUACAAAACGACGAUAAAGAAUAUGUUGACGUUACACUUAAAUUCCAUAUUUAAAAAAGAGAUUCAAAAUAUUUUCAGAGUAUCCAAAUUAUGUACAUAUGUGUAUCUUUGAGUGUAUUUGUGUUUGUAUGUACAAAUGUGUAUAUUGUAGUUAUGUAUAUUUAAGUAUUGAUACUCUGCUGGCCAGAUAUCAACUUUAUAUAUUUUUCUUAAAUUGCGUAUCACUUUUUUACCACUAUAACACCAUUUACAUAUGUAAAAGAACGCUUCGCGUUAAUUGUGUUUUUAAUUAUGCUGUUUUGAUUGUACCAUUCAAAACAAAAUAGAAAUCGAAACUUUUGAAUUCUACGUGUGUCCUAUCAAAAACCGAUAUGAAAGAGUUAUUCGGUCCAGAAUUGAACACCAGUUAUUUGAUUAAAAACACCAUUUUGAUAUUUUUAACAAUAGAUGCAUUUAUAAAAAACAAUCGAUAUUUGACGGAGUUUACUAUUCUUAAACACAUUACGUUCAAAUUGCAGAGUGAAAUUGUAAUUAAAUAGGGGAGAGGAGAAGGAAGAUAUUUAGAAAACAAAGAACUGUGACGGUGUUAUUAAAAUAUUUUUUUAAUUAAUUAAAAAAAAAUCUUUUUUAUUCUUUUUUUCCUUUAAUUUAAAAAAUGAUCAUAUACGAACAUUGUGUUAUUUUAUGUUGAUAUGCAUCAUUUUCUGUUCUAUGUUAAUGAAUUGAAUUCUUUCAUUUUAACCUAAAGAUAACUUCAUAUUGUUAAAAUAACUGAACGAGAGAAAAACAAUUGUCCAAUUUACUGUCGAUGUUGUACAGUUGAAUCGUAAUAUGUCGUAUUUUUUGAUUAUUGAUUUGUUUUUGUUUCAAAAAAAUUUAUUUGAGAAAAUUUUAUGACAUACAAUGCUAUAACGAUACGACAUCGAUUGUGAAUUGGACAAACAUAUAUGUGGGAAUUACCUAUAAAUAUUUCGUUAUCUUAAUAAUGUGAAAGUAACUUAAAUUGUUUUUUUUUUAAUUUUUUAUAUACAUAUCUAUAUGUCAUUGUACUUGUUUAACCAUUGUCCUUUGUAGGCAUUAACAUCAACUUCAUAAUCAUUAUACGAAUCAUAAUUGCAAAAGUGUAUGCGAUUCAAAAUUUUUUUGCAAAAAGACUCACUUGCAUUUCAUUCCAAGCGGAAAUGCAAAAUGAGAUACUGUCAUUCAUCCGUAGUAGUAAAUAGAAAUUAUAUUUGUAUUUAACAUCGUCCUGUCAAUAUCCUCAAAUCAGUCGAAUAUCGUGUUAAGAAUGAUAUCUCAAUAUACAUACAUAUGUACGUAUGUAUUUAUCUGAAGUCAUAUGUAUAUAUGUAUGUAUGUUGUGAGAUAAAUUAAAAAUAAUGUUGGUUAAAUAUUUAGAUAGUAAGGUUGGUUAUGUUUUGGUUAAACUGAAAUUUGAAGAUUAAGUUUUGAUAUUAUUUCAAAAAAACUUUUUAUUCAAGUACAUACACACUUUUGGGGUAAUUAUUACUUCGUUAUGUUUUUUUUUUUUUGAAAUUUUCCUAAAGACUAAUGUCUCAAAAUAGUGUAUUCGUAGUUAGUAAACCAGUGAAUGUUUUGUAGAGUUUGGACAAAAUUUUUGUUUAACUGCGAUUGAAAAAAAUCACUUACAUAAUCGAGUAGUAAUGAGUAUAUAUUAUAAAAAAUAAAUA